GCCACUGGGCCCCCUGCUCUGCGUGAUGAUUUCAGCAGAUGCCUGCGUCCUGGGGUGCCUCGGGCCUGGGGAGGGAGGCCUGUUCCCUUUCUGGGGAGGUGGAGCCUCUUCCCCGGGCCCCGGCUUGAGUGAGAUCUUGGAGCAGCUGCCGGAGCUGACAGGGUUUCUCCUCUCUCCCCCUCGGGUUACUCUAGGUUAUUCUGGGCAACUCAAGCUCCCCGGCUUCCUGCACGUUGGCAGUUGGCCUGUGUGGGCUCCGUCAAGCCAGACUGCUGGGUGUGGGGAAGCUGGGAGUUUUCUUGGAAAGAAGCUUGAGGCUGCUUCUACUCCGGGAGUUGGGCUCCCCCGGAGCUCUGAGUUUGUUUGUUGGGGGGUGGGGGGCACCCCGGCAGUGCUCAGGGCUUACUCCUGGCUCUGCACUUUGGGAUCGCUCCUGGCAGUGCUCAGGGAACCUUCUGGGGUGGGAUCGGACCAGCCGUACAAGUGUCGAACCCACCGUGCUGUCACUCCGGCCUCUGAAGUUCCUUUUUGUUUGCUCUGGGGCCCCACCCAGCAGUGCUCAGGAGCUUCUUCUGGCUCUGUGCUGGGUUCCCCGGGAGGCCCGUGGCCAGGCCUGAGCCCCUGCCGCCAUGGCCAUCGUGCACACUCGGCCGCUGCCGCUGGAGCCCACGCCUGAGGCUGCCACAGCCCCCCACGCGCCAGCCAUGGGCAGCGUGAGCAGCCUGAUCUCCGGGCGGCCCUGCCCCGGGGGCACAGCCCCGCCCCGCCACCACGGCCCCCCAGGGCCCACCUUCUUCCGCCAGCAGGAUGGGCUCCUUCGGGGCGGUUAUGAGGCGCAGGAGCCUCUGUGCCCGGCUGUGCCCCCCCGGAAGGCCGUCCCCACCACCACCUUCACCUACGUCAACGAGGACUUCCGGAGCGAGUCCCCCGCCAGCCCCAGCAGCGACAUCGAAGACGCCCGGGAGCAGCGGGCACGCAACGCCCACCUGCGCGGCCCCCCACCCAAGCUCGUCCCGGUCUCUGGGAAGCUGGAGAAGAACAUGGAGAAGAUCCUGAUCCGCCCCACGGCCUUCAAGCCUGUGCUGCCCAAGCCGCGAGGGGCCCCGUCUCUGCCCGGCUUCCUGGGUCCUCGGGCCGCCGGACUCUCGGGGAGCCAGGGGAGCCUCACCCAGCUGUUCGGGGGCCCCGCCUCCUCCUCCUCUUCCUCCUCCUCCUCGGCUGCCGACAAACCCCUGGCCCUGAGCGGCUGGACCAGCGGCUGCCCAUCGGGGACACUCUCUGACUCCGGCCGGAACUCACUGUCCAGCCUGCCCACUUACAGCACGGGGGGCACCGAGCCAGCCACCCACUCCCCGGGCGGGCACCUGCCCUCCCAUGGCCCUGGGCGGGGGGCACUGCCAGGGCCCACCCGAGGGGCCCCGACCGGGCCCUCCCACUCGGACAGUGGUCGAUCUUCGUCCAGCAAAAGCACCGGCUCCCUGGGAGGCCGGGGGGCCGGGGGGCUCUCAGGCGGGGUCCCCCGUGCCUCCCCCGACAGCAGCUCCUGUGGGGAGCGCUCCCCUCUGCCCCCGCCACCGCCGCCACCACCUUCCGACGAGGCCCUGCUGCACUGUGUCCUGGAAGGGAAGCUCCGUGACCGCGAGGCGCAGCUGCAGCAGCUCCGGGACAGUCUGGACGAGAGUGAGGCUACCAUGUGUCAGGUGUCUGAGGAGCGGCAGCGGCCCUGGCCGCGGGAGGACGGCCCCGCCCAGACCCAGCGGGCCCAGCGGGCACAGCAGCUGCUGCAGCUGCAGGUGUUCCAGCUGCAGCAGGAGAAGCGGCAGCUGCAGGACGACUUUGCGCAGCUGCUGCAGGAGCGGGAGCAGCUGGAGCGACGCUGCGCCACCUUCGAGCGGGAGCAGCGGGAGCUCGGGCCGCGACUCGAGGAGACCAAGUGGGAGGUCUGCCAGAAGUCGGGGGAGAUCUCCCUGCUGAAGCAGCAGCUGAAGGAGUCUCAGGCGGAGCUGGUGCAGAAGGGCAGCGAGCUGGUGGCCCUGCGAGUGGCCCUGCGGGAGGCCCGGGCGGCACUGCGCGUCAGUGAGGGCCGGAUGCGGGGCCUCCAGGAAGCGGCCCAGGCCCGGGAGCUAGAGCUGGAGGCCUGUUCCCAGGAGCUGCAGCGGCACCGCCAGGACGCCGAGCGGCUGCGGGAGAAGGCGGGGCAGCUGGACACCGAGGCGGCUGGACUCCGGGAGCCGCCGGGACCGGCGGGGACCACAGACCCCUUCCUGCUGGCCGAGAGCGAUGAGGCCAAGGUGCAGCGGGUCGUGGCCGGAGUCGGGGGCAGCCUGCGGGCCCAGGUGGAGCGGCUGCGGGGCGAGCUGCAGAGGGAGCGGCGCCGCGGAGAGGAGCAGCGGGACAGCUUCGAGGGGGAGCGGCUGGCCUGGCAGGCCGAGAAGGAGCAGGUGAUCCGCUACCAGAAGCAGCUGCAGCACAACUACAUCCAGAUGUACCGGCGCAACCGGCAGCUGGAGCAGGAGCUGCAGCAGCUCAGCCUGGAGCUGGAGGCCCGGGAGCUGGCGGAGCUGGGCCUGGCCGAGCCCGCCCCCUGCAUCUGCCUGGAGGAGAUCACCGCCACGGAAAUCUAGGCCCGGCAGCACCCCGGCUCCACGGGGCGCCGAGGGUCCGCCCAGGGCCCAGAGCCCACUCGUGCCGCGGGGUCCAGCCCUCUGCCUCUGCCAAGAAUCGGGGGCUUCCCUGUGACUUGAAGGAGCAAGAUCAGACCCCUCGGCGGUUCCCCCCGUGUUCACAAUCACCCAGAGCUACGCACCCAUUUCACACCCGCUGCUGCUGCCAGUGCCAUCACGCCACCCUGCGUCCCCCAGACACCCGCCAGCCCGAGGGCUGGGAGGAGGAAGGCUGCCUCACUGCCACGUUCUCUCCCCGCCCCCCACCCCCUCAAAGCCAGAGAGAGCCAGACAGCGCCAGCUGCUCCAGAUGUGCCUGCCCCGUGCCCAUGUUGGGGGCCAGGGCUGAGACGGGGCGGGGGGGUCCCGAGCCCUGGCUUUCAGCUCAAAGGCCCUCCUCGGGGCUUCGGGGCUGUAGUCAGACCAAAGGAAGAACUCAGAAAUGUAUCGUUUUAUUUGUGUUUGUGACCCAGUACCCGCCCCCCUCCCCACACCCAGGUUUAUGGCCUCGUUUUCACUUGUAUAUUUUUCACACUGUAAAUUUCUUGUACAAACCCAAAGAAAAAAAAUUAAAAAAUUUUUGUUUUUAAAAAAAAAAGAAAAAGGAAACUAAGUGAAUGUCCUGGGUAAAGAGUGCGGGAACUUUCUAGAGCCUCACCCCCUCUUUAUUUAUAGUUCGUUCAGCCCUGCCCCUCACAGAGGGCCUGGGCGAGGAAGGGUGAUGCAGGAAGGACACACCCAGUAGGCAGUCUGGGGGCCUGGGGACCACAUGACCUAUCGAGGUCUGAAAAGCCAGAGAAGGAGCCGACCCAGGUCCAAUCACCAGCAUCCCAUAUGGUCCCCCAAGCACCGCCAGGAGUAAUUCUUGAGUGCAGAG